ACAGUCGCCACGCCGAACGCCAGGCCAGCCAGACGACAAGGACUUUUCCACGUUCUGUGGAAUUGUCCCUCGGGCAGAGUGGUUGCAAAAUCCGCACGGUAAAGGACAUCGUAGCAGGCGAGCGAAUAAGUCGUCGCGACGUCGGGAAAAUUUUCAUCGCUUUCGGUGUCGCGUUUUCCAUGGCUUGCUGGGAUCGAGGAAAAACUAGUUUUGGACGAAGUGAUAUCUGAAAGCCAGUGUUAAUAUUUGUGUAGUGGCAAUGAAAAAUACUACGUCUUCCAGUAGCCGAAGCAAAACCAGCGAUAUUAGAUUUUACGCUCGAAUGGCGAUAUUUUACAAGUGCGAGUAAUUGUGAUUGAAGUUUUUUGGUUGGUUGAUUAGCUGUGAUUAGUUUUUAUUGACGGUGAUUUUGAGUGCUAGACCGGAAAACAGUACAAUUUAUUCGCGAAAAAUCAACUGAAUUGGAAGAAAAUUUAACUUUAUAAGGCGAAACAUUGAAUAUUUAUUAAGCGGAAACCAAGAUGGCAAUAUCCUGCAAGCAACGAAAGAGCACACUCAUCACCAUUCCGAGGAAUAAUACAUUCACCUCCUUCACCAGCCUGUUACUCAUCGUGCUCGUCCUUGGACUGCUGCUGGAUCGGCACCCGAAAGCCACCGCAGCGCGUCUAAAGUACCCGAACUACGAGGCCCGGUACAUCAACGACUUCAUCAACUACACCCGCCCGGCGGCGGACAUCAUGGAGCCCAUCUUCUACGACUACGACGCGGAACCCUCGCGGAAAGCGUACAACCGUGAGUACGAAGAAGGUGUCGCCGAGCUGGGCUACCGAGUGCCACCACUUCCGUUGGCUAUGGAUCCACCGGAAGAUGGUACUAGCAGUACUAGCAGCAGCAGUAGUAGUAGUAGUGCUGCAUCGCAGGAAACGGAAGUUACCCGUCCGCCGGACAUCUAUCCCGAUCCGGAUCAUAUCUACGCAACGUUCCUGAACAAGAGCACUAUGAAGCGGAAUCGCUUCCCCGGGGAGGAGAAUGUCAUCAAAGUUUAUUCGGGCAAAUCCCUCCGAAAGAGUCCCCAGGCACGAAUCGACGACGACGGGUCGUUUGACAGUCUGAACAACGACAUGAAGGGGCACGACUUCAUCGACAACAUCAUGUACAUCUACUACGGCACGAACGGAACGCUCCGGAAGGACCUGGGCGGAAACGUAAUUGUGAUAGGGGCCGUGUUCGCUCUGGCGCCCCAGAUACUGACGGCAAUAAUACUGUUCCUGCGGAAUCGCCGGCCCCGGCAUUUCAACACGUUCUACCCGAUCUGUUUGAACCUGCUGUUGAGCCUGGCGGCGUCCAACUUUGCUUUUGUACUCGGGGUGCAGGCCACGCGCAAUCCGGUGAAAUGCGAACUGAUUGCCAUUGUGCUGCACUAUCUGCACCUGUGCACGAGCAUCUGGUGCUUCAUCUACAUCUACGUGAUCUACGACCUGAUCGUGAACGAGUGUGGACCCAAGCUGAAGUACAACUACCUGAUGGGGUAUGGCGUCCCGGCGGUCUACGUUUUGUUCUCCUACGCUUCGUCGAUCGAUACGUUCGAGGUUCGUCACUACUGCUGGAUGUCGAUCCAGAAGGGAAUGAUCGUUAGCUUCAUGAUCCCGAUCUCGUUCCUCAUCAUUCUAACGACGGUGCUGGGAACGAUCAGUCUGAAGAGAAUCUCCAGCAAACAGACGGCAAUACUGUGCGAAAGUAUCGAGAGCAUCAUCGAAACCACCUCCAAGUGCAACGACAUAAUGUUCCCGCGACUGCCUUCUGUGGGAGCUCAGCUGGCGAACCGUAGCAACAGCUACCCGCAGCUGGAGCUGAAGGAGAAAUGCUGCCAGGAGUACGCCAACCAAACGAUGGAAAACCGCCAAUCCGUCGUAACGCUACCGCAGCAGACCACCAUCGGUCACCAUCACGGGUUCAGCGUGAGCGGGUUCAAAAAGUCCCUCGAGUGCUACGACACCCGGAUCGAUUUGGGCCAGCUCUCGCUGGCGGAGCUGUCGACGCCCAGUUUGGCGUCGGACAUUCAGGACUUCACCGAGUUCAAGCGGGCCAUCAAGUUCGGGCUGUUCUUCCAGCCGAUCUACUCCAUCUGUUGGUUCCUGAGCGUGAUCGCCCUGGAAAAUAUGCACUCGUGCGUGAUGCCCGUCAUCUUUGCCAUCUGUUUGAACAUUUUGAACUGGUGCAUGCUGGUCCGCUCGUCUAGCAUCUGUCCCUUCGUGAGCGCCGUCUCGGAGGAAACCCACGAGAAGGCCAGCGGCCUGGACUGUGCUGACUCGAUGCUGCACGGUCCCAACGGUGGCAGCGGUGGUCACGCAACGGACAACGAAACCACCCAGGCCAGCAUCUGCACCGACACGAUCCCGCUGCUGUGCGCCUCGAAUCCGUCGAUCAUCAAUACUGCUACAGCCGGUGGUGGGUUGAUGCCGACCCCACUGCUCGCCAGGAAAUGCUCCACCGGAUCCGACCUGGACCAGCAGACGUUGAACUUCAUCAGCAGUAACAACCUGAAGAACACCUGGGAAUCGAGCGUGGACAUCAGCGGCCAUCAGCACGUGAAUGCCAGCGAUUGCAUCAGCACAAUCAGCAAUUGAGGGAAAGUUCCGGAUUCCGGAUUUGUACAUUAGCGAACGAGGGCAUAUCAGAAGAGAGUAGAGAAGGGAAGAUUCGCGCAAUAGUAAUGUGAUACGAGCGGAAGGCUAAGAAACCGCGU